AUGAAGAGCGGGACACAUGACAAUGAGAAAAGUAAUGAUAGCUCUGAGCAACCCCAGGCUGAGUCCCCGGCUGUAGCGCGUGUAUACCGAUUUCCACAGGAAGAAGGUGGCACCGCCUAUGAAGGGGUUCGACCCUGUCGGCAAAUCCGAGGAGUUCCUGGCUCUGUGAGGAUUCAAGGAACUGAGGAUGAAGGCCUUGAAAUGAGUCUCAUGUCCUCAGGCUAUGAUCCAGGCCAGUUUGGUCCAUUGUCCUUCUCCUACCCACACUUUUGCCAGCUAUUCCCAACACAAGCUAUGAUGCCUCACAGCCAGAAGCAUCAGCAUUACGAGCUUCAGGAUGGAAGAGAGGCACAGGACCUGGUACCUUGCCACAUUCCUGCAACUGUGGAGGCAAAUGCCACAGCUGCCUCCUCCUCCACUCCAAUGCCAGGCAUGCCAGACAACAUACCAACUGCUGGAGCAUCAGGUCCUCCCCUGAAGAGUCUUCAGAAAGCUUACUCUUCCACUGACAACAAAGGUACUCCAUCAAGCAUUUCAAAGAAAAAUUCCAGCAGCCCAAAAGGGAAGAGUCAGAGCACCUCACAGGCCUGUCCAUACCCUGAGUUCUUGCCCACUAAUAUGCUGGAGAAGAAGGUGAUAGAGCUGGUGAAGUUCCUGGGUGUCAAGUAUACAAUUGAAGAGCCUGUUACUGAAGCCGACAUGCUGAAGAGUGUCAUCAAGGAUCAGAAGGACAAUACGCCCGUGAUCUUCAAGAAUGCCUGUAAAUGGAUGAAGGUGGUCUUUGGCAUUGAUGUGAAGGAAGUGGAUCCCAUUAGCCACACUUAUGUACUGGUCAAAGCACUAGAUCUCACCUACGAUGGGAGGCUGAGUGAUGACGAGGGCAUACCCAAGACUGGCCUGCUGAUACUUAUCCUGGGCAUGAUCUUCAUGGAAAACAACUGUGCCUCUGAGGAGACGAUCUGGGAGAUGCUGCAGCAAAUUGUGGUGUAUCCUGACAAGGAUUUCAUCUAUGGGUAUCCCAGGAAGCUCCUCACCAAAGAUCUGGUGCAGGGCCUAGAGUUCCGGCAGGUGCCCAAGAGUGAUCCUGCUCGCUAGGAGUUCCUGUGGGGACUAAGAGCCUAUGCUGAAACCAACAAGUUGAAAAUCCUGGAGUUCUUCUCUGCAGUCAUUGGGAGUACUCCCUGACUCCCGUUCUUGUAUAAGGAAGCUCUGAGAGAUGAAGAAGGGAGAGCCAAGCCUGCAGUUGCUACUGGGGAUGAUACUGCUGCCACGGUCAGUACACAGGCCAGCACCAAGCCCAGCAGCUCCUCCAGCUCUCAGUAA